AUGGAAUCUCAAAGCCUUUUGCGAGAGAUAGAAAGUUUCCCUCUUGAACAUCACAAUACUCAGAGACGCCCCCUCGACGAGACUAUCUCGGGCUCGAAGCACCGCGUGGUUCGACGAACUUGCAAGUUUUGUGAGAAAGUUUGGUUAGGACUUAUUCCCAGCUUCCUAUCCCGCACGACCAAAGUCGAAGACCGAAGCAGCAAUAAUACAGCCUUCUUGGACGGACUUCGAGGCCUCUUCGCCAUUGCAGUAGUGAACCAACAUAUCUUCGGUUCAUUCGAGAAGUCGACCUAUUAUGGAUUUGGGCUUUCCGCACAUGAAUCAGCACAAUGUUCUUACCGGCACGAGGAGAUUCCAUUCUCCCGUGGGUUUUUCCAACUGCCAAUUAUUCGCCUCACACAUGCUGGGGACGCAGGUGUCUGUGUUUUCUUUGUUCUCUCUGGGUUCGUGCUCUCAUUUCACGCAUUGGGUGAGGCACAUCGCCAAAACUGGCAGAAGAUGUUGAGUACCCUAAGCUCAUCCACCUUCCGCAGAGGGCUCCGGCUCUUUCUGCCUUUGCUGGCUUCGACGAUGUUUACCAUGAUUACUUUACAACUUGGCCUUUGGGAGUUUUCUCACUCAAUAGUUUAUAAUCGCGCGAUCAUGAGAGGGGUACCGGAACGCCAACCCGAGAGAAUGAGUUCGUUUGGUGCUCAACUGAAACACUGGCUACUCUCGUGGUCGCACCUGACGAAUAUAUGGUCCUGGGAGGAGUACAUCUCACCGUACGAUGUCCAUCUGUGGACCAUUCCUUCUGAAUUCCGGGCUUCGAUGCUACUUUAUCUCGUCUUAUUAUCAACGGGUCGCCUCUUGCUUGUAAUCCGAGAUCUUCUGCUUGCAUCGUUUGUCAUUUAUGCCUAUUGCUGGGGUCGAUGGGAUGUUUGCUUGUUCUUAAGCGGUGCGCUUCUAGCAGACACGGUACAUGCCAGAAAUAUGGAAAUUAUCCCAGAAGGCCAGCCUGAAGCCAUCAAAAGACUCUGGAAAGAGAGAUCAAAACUCGCCCUCCAGCUGGCCUCGAUUACGUGUUCGCUGUUUCUGCUGUCCAGUCCCACAUUUUGUGUCGAUUACACUCCGGGCUACCGAUUGCUGGCCCAGCUUAUCCCAUCGUUCGACCGCCAACCGUAUCGGUUCUUUCCGGGUCUGGGAGCUAUUCUCCUAGUCGGGGUGUUGGUGCACACAAACAUUGAGCUUCCGUUCAGGCUCUGUCUUCUCACGACUCCUUUCGUGCAAUACUUGGGCCGCAUCAGCUACAGUAUCUAUAUAUUGCACGGUCCUCUAUUACACCUGGUUGGCUACCCGCUAUUCCCAGCUUUAUGGGAAAUUACAGGAAAAGACGAAAUGUGGAGGUAUGUCUUAGGUUUUAUCGCGGGAUGGUUGAUAUUUUUCUUUCUGCUAGUUUGGAUUUCUGAUUUCUUCUGUCGAUGGAUCGACGAGGAGAGCAUGCGAUUCUCAAAAUGGGUUGAAUUUAAAUUGCUGGCGUAA